CACUAUUUUGACGUUUCCUAGAUGACAUUUGAAUUUGAAUUCAAAAUAUAUCUCGCCGUUAUUUCUGUUGUUCAGUAAACAUAAGUGUUAUGAUAUUUUCUCUUUGAUUGAAGUUAUUUUUCUUAAGUGGUCAACUGGAUUUAUAAAAUGGAGAAAACUCCAGCAUUUACACUCGAAAAUUUCAUUGGUAAUUGGAAUGGGGAGUUUCCUAAUCAUCCUUUGACCGCGGCUGACUUAAAAAAGCCUCUUGAAGUAAUGAAGGCACUGCUUGAAAUAUUCGAUCGCCUCGAUAUUGACAGGGAAGCUAUAUUGAAGCCUCCACCGGAAGAAAGUCGCACGGAGAGCCUGGCAUACUACUGGGACUUGCUGCCAGUCAUUAACAUGACACGUGUCAUCAACCACCUCGUGUCCGUAAUGCCGCAAGUUGGGGCCACUAUAAGCAUCAUCCACUUACUCCAACCGACGGUCACCACCUCCCAUUCCAUACUGCUACUGUUAUUCAAUUUGAUGGUAUUCAACGAGGAGAGGCUGCGAGAUAUAGCACCAUAUGAAGAGGAACUGUUUGCUAAGACUAAUCAGGUUAAGCUGUUAGAGGAUAAAAAGAAUCAACUCCUUAUUCUUCUGAAUCAGCAGGCAGAAGAGAAGGGGAAGAGAUCUGAGAAGCUCGAGAAGUUGGACCAAGACAUCAAAAUAUACGAGGAUGAACUCAAACAGGAGAAGGAAGCGUUAGCUGAGGACAAACUGGAAUUAGAGAUCGCGGAAAAUGAGAAUCGACGUAUACAAACUAUUCUAGAACAAAAGAAGACACACAGAGAUACUUUACUCGCAGAAGUAGAGAAGAAGAAGGCGUUGAGGGUUUACGACGCAGAGGAUAUAAAGGCUCAAGCCGAACAAGCUGCUAGGAACGUACAGGACGCUGAGGAGAAACUCAGCAAUUUGAAGGCAACGUUGAUGCAAAAGGAAAACAGCUUGAAGAACUUACAAGCUAUCAAACCCAAUCUGGACACGGCCAACAACUUGCUGUACGACAUGUCCAAGCUCAUGGAGAGUGUGCGGGAAUAUGAGGCUGGUGAUCUGGAAGCGGACAGCAAAGACGGAGAGCUGGAAGUUCUAAAUACAGAGCUGUCAGAGCUGGAGGUACAACUGCAAGAGUUGAAGACAGCAAGAGAGGAGGAGGGAGAGAAGAUGAGGGAAAAUAAUAUCAAGAGACAGAGAGAAAAAGAAAUACUUAUAAGUAACCUCCAUGAGGCGGAAGAGAGAGAGAGGAAGCAUCAGGAGCAAUCAGUGAGAGCUUCACAGAGAAUAGAGGAACUGAAGAAGGCUAUACAGAGAUAUGAACAGGAGAAGACGGAAGGUCUGGAGCACAUAGACAGGAUAAAGGACGAGUUUACCAAUGAGCUUAAAUCAAUCGAAGAUCUGCUCUUGAAGAAAGCCAAGGAAUCCAAAAAGAGAAUUGAAGAGAAAUUAAAGAAUAGAAAUGUAUAAUGCAUGUUAUUGGUAUCGACCACACGCCCCGAGGCCUGUCAGCGGAUGCGACAGUCGCCAUUGAUUUUUGUAUUCGGUUAAAACUAAAAAUAUUCCUACAUGUGUAUUAAUUAAAAUCUACUCCUACA